AUCAAUCAUCUUAAUUGGCGGCCGACAUUUUUUUUAACCUGCUGCCUUUUUUUGUCUGUUGUGGAAAUAGCAAGGGAAACAAUGCAUAUUUGAACGUUUUGGUUUGCUUCUACAAACGUCAAGAAGAAACUUUGAAGAUGUACCCCCUCACGAAGGAACUAGCUGAGGUUUUUGAGGACACUGAGAAUGAAGAAACGUUUUACGGUUUUGAUGAGGAAGAGCUGAGCGACCAAAGCGAUCAGAAUACUGACAUGCAAGAUGUAGAUCAAGACUGUGCCCCCAAGCAGCAGAAAGCCAUGUCCAAAACCUUCAGGCUGAGGGUGGCGUUCCGCUCGGUUCCGUCCGGCCAGAAAUCCACUGAUGAUGAUGAUGAUGAUGAUGAAGAGGACAAUGGAGAGAGGAAGAAAAGGACAGGGGUGAAGACAAGUCAGGCAAAGGAGUACAAACAUAUUAAAUCCGAAGAAGACGAGAUGAGAGCGUCCGAUGAGGCUGAGGAUGUGCCCGACUCUUUCCUUACCAAAAGAGAACAAAACAUCAGAGCCAACAAAGCGAUGCUCGCCCAGCUAAUGGCGGACCUGCAAAAACUGCCUGGAGGUGUUGGUAUCCUGAAAAAACAAGGAAAGCAGCCCAAAGAGAGAAACUCUCAACAACAACCGCCCCGCUCUGGAAGGGAGCCCAGGAAGAACCCAGAGAGGGCAUCCCGCAGACAGACCCGCUCCAUGGGAGGAUGUGAGGUACUCACCGGCCCGCAAGAGGCAGAUGUAGAGCUCACCUUAGAGGAGGAGCUUCUGGAGGUCCGUCGGGCUCCACAGAGACGUGGGACCCCGCGACCCAGUCAGACCAAACCUCACAUUAUCAGGCCUGUGGACGAAAUCACAGACGAUGAGCUUCAGCUGGUGGCAGACAACAUGACCGAAAAGGUCUACAACAGAGUAACAGGGUCCACAUGUCAUCAGUGUCGACAGAAGACGGUUGAUACAAAGACCUGCUGCCGAAAUGAGGCGUGCCGGGGCAUCCAGGGUCAGUUCUGCGGGCCGUGCCUGAGGAACCGAUACGGGGAGGACACCAGGAAGGCCCUGCUUGAUCCGGACUGGCAUUGCCCUCCCUGCCGAGGAAUUUGCAACUGCAGUUUCUGCCGCCAGCGAGAAGGGCGCUGCCCCACCGGGAUCCUGUUCCCUCUGGCCCAGUACCACGGCUUCUCAGACGUCCACUCAUACCUCAGCAGUCUCUGCAACAAGCUGAAGAGUGAGAGCGAUGGCUGAGAUGAGGAGUUAUUGUGUGUGAUUUUUAACAAAUAAAGAUAUAUUUUUUUGAC